AUGGGAAUUCGUGGUCUGACAACGUAUGUGAAAAAUUUGCUAUUUGAUGAAGGACAAGUUUGGGAAUCGUACAACUUGCGCGACACAAACCUCGUCAUUGAUGGCCGCGGUUUAUGUUAUCACAUUUGUGAUGGACUAAACGUUAAGUUUGGUGGGCAAUAUGACCAACUGCAAAACAAACUAAAAACAUUUUUCUCAGAGCUGCAGUCGAACAAUGUUGUGUCAUAUGUUGUCUUUGAUGGUAUUAUGACUAGAGAUGAGAAAAAGCUUGCCACGCACAAGAAGAGAAACACAGAGCGCAUUCAGAAGAUGAACAACUUGUGGACGUCAGAAAAAUCUACACAUGUGGUGCUUCCACGUCUCACACAGUUGGCUGUUGUGGAAGUUUUGCAAGAAAUGGAAGUGCUGUACGCUGUGGCAGAUUUGUAAGCAUUAAAAAACUCUGUGCCGGACACUUGUAAACUUAAGGGGGGUGCGAAUUUAAGUUUCCAACGCACUACACCUUUUCCGUAAAGUCCUGGUUUCUUAAAUACCUGUCUACCACAGGUCAAACUAUAUAAGGUAGUGCAUUCAAAGGCGUAUGAGACAGGGGGCAACUGCCCCCCCCCCCCACUUUAGAAAACCAUUGAAAUUCAGGUAAACGCUAAGGAAAAAUCAAUGGGUUUAUCAGAAAACAUGUUAAAUUCCGGUUAUUUAUUUACCCCUCCCCGGAAAACAUCGGCCCCGAUCGCCUAUGAGUGCAUUGAGUGCAUACAAUGUGAACAAAACCGCAUGGGUAUAUGCUCAUAGGGUAUAGGCAUGUUAUACUAUAAAAAAGUAAUUUAAUUUGAGCAUAUCUUAUUGUUUUCCUCACUCCUUUCCAUUUAUAAUAUUUUAUUUUCAGUGAAGCGGACUGUGAAAUUGCAUUGUUAGCAAAUGAACUGGAUGCUCUAGUGUUGGCCGACGACAGUGAUUUUUACAUAUUCAACAUCAGACGUGGCUACAUUCCAUUAAAACAGCACAACUUCUCUGGUCCAAACACCACAGUUAGAAAAUUCAGUUUCGAUGGGUUUACUGAACAUCUUGGUAUCGACCCUAGCAUGUCACCACUACUUGCCUCACUGGUUGGAAAUGACUACAUCUCUGAUGAAAUGUUAAAGCCAUUCACUGAUUAUAUUGAAAGUCUUGUAACCUCAUCAGAGCUAGAAGCUGGUAGCGAAAAGGUUCCAACUAUUGCACAGUUUUUGUCCAGGCAUAAGUCAGUUUCGGAAGCAAUUCAUGCCGUGAUACACUUGUUUUCAGACGACGAUAAGGUGUUAUUUGAGAAAUCCAUUGAAGAAUACCAAAUGGAACAAAGCAAUUUAAUUGGCUAUUUUGGUUCUAGUGACCUCAGUUGUAAUGUGCAUACAUAUAAUGGUCAUUCGCUGCCGCAAUGGGUUGUUAAACUUUAUCGACAAGGUUUGAUGGCCUUUGAGGGUUUAGCUUGUUUGUGUAAUAGAAAUAUUUUUCUCCAAACACAAAGCGAAAAUAUAGCAUUGCCGUCUGCACAGAUUUGUGCUCAAGGCCUUAGAUGGUACUAUUACGCGCUGGCUUUGAACUGUGAAGGUACCACCAAUACAGUGGUAUCAGCAACAGAGUUACAUUCAAAAAACAAGGCUGGUGUAGCAAGCAUGGUAACUGAUGGUCAACUUGAACUGGGGAGAGAUUUUGACCACACCCUUACGCAAGGGUUUACACCAGAGUCCCAGGCACGUAUGGAUACUAAGGGUUUUAAUGAUACAUCAUCAUCACCAUUAGCAUUAGCAGUUCCAGGAAUAGAGUUACAGACCCAAUUGGUCAAAGCUGGUAUACCAAGUAUGAUUACUGUUCAAACUGAACAGGAGAUGGACAAUGACCACACCCAUACAAACAGGCCACCACCUGGGGCACAGAAGGAAACUGAGUUUUGUGUUCUGUCAUCAUUACCAGAAUUACUGCAGGAACAAAGUAAAGAUAGUAUACCGAACAUGGUGACUGGCCAAUCAGAGUCCCAGGAAGAGAGAGAAACCACCCAUUACGAUACAACAUCAUCAACUAGCCAUAUCAAACAAAUCAAAGAUUCUGACCACAUCCAUAGCAUACUAGAAUCAGAGUUUGACAAUCUCAAUGAAAAUACAGUGAAAAGUGAGGAAAUUGGACUACUAUCAAGCUGCGACUAUACCAUCGAAGAUGUGAAGUUUGGCAAAAGUGAUAGUACACCCCAAGCCACCACCAAAGAUAUCGUUAUAACUGAAUAUGUUAGGGAAGGGUCGAGUCUUGUUAAGAAGGAGGUGGAUCUAACACGCGUAGUCUCAGAGAUCAGGAUUCAAAUUCGUGAUGGUAUACUGGAAAUGUCUGAUCACGCAAAAAAGAGUCACCUUCUAAACUUGCUCGAUUCCGACCUACCAUUUAUUCAUGAUCUCCCAAUCGAACACCAGAUUGUGGUGUCGGCAUUGAGAUAUUGGGUUAUUCACUCCCAAAUCAAACCAACGCACCUAGCUGCAUUAUUAGUGUAUUAUAUUGGUGAUUCGUCUAAAAGGGAGCAUUUCAAAAUUUCCUUAGAGGCAGUUCAUGGUUUCUCACAAUGGCAAAAUGUUCUGUACUGGGUAGAACGGUUGAACACGUUGUUUUCUUCCCCAUUUCCACAACUGCAAGUGGCCAAGUUGUAUGAUGGUGUUCAUGUGUGUUUGGUGUAUGAAAGACUCGAACGAGUUAAAGGUUAGUAUUGCUGCAUAAUAUGAUCAAUGAUCGCCUUAGUUAAUUCCUUGUAAAAAGAGUAUUUUCAGUUUGUUGCAGUCAAAGAGCGCACUUUUUUUCUAGAAUUAAUAGUGGGACCUGCCCAGUGAAAAUAAUUUAGGUUUCUUCGUUUACUUUUGGACCAGUUAUGGGGGGAUAGCCCUCUGGCAGUGAACCGUUAACCAUGACUUACAGAACAUCUAGGUCAAGCAAACUUUUCAGCGUAGAACUGAUAGACCUAUCAAGUUUAGAACUAUCCACUAUAAAUAAGCUAGAGCUAUCCACUAUAAAUAAGGUUAGUUUAGGGUUUCCAGAUAACCUCUACUUGACCUCUGAGAAGAGAAGUUUAGAACUGAUAAAGCUAUCCAAUAUAUAGUAAAUAAUGUUAGUUACGUUUAGUUCAAGUUGCCAGAUUGCCUCUACUUGACCUCAGAAAAAAAAGUUUAAAACUGUCUGAUAGAGCUACUAUCCAAUAUAAAUCAGUAAAGUUAGUUUAGUUUAGGUUUUAUCUUGUAGUAACACUGAAUCAAUAAGAGAAAGUACUGACUGAACUUCUAGGGAGAAAAGUGCAGAACUUAUAGAGCUACUCAGUAAAAAUAAAGUUAGCUUAGUUUAGGUUUCAGAAUUUAUAGAGCUGUCCAGUAUAAAUAUAAAGGUUAGUUUAGGUUUCCAGAUUACCUCUACUUUACUUCUAGGGAGAACAGUUUAGAACUGUCUGAUAGCUAGCUACCAGUGAAAAUUAGUUGGUUUAGUGUAACAACAUGUGUUUAAUUAGCAGGUAUUUUCCUUAUAUUAACACAAAGUAUUUGUAAAUUAUACCUCCUGACAAUUUUUAGGUAUCAAGUAUGCUGAAUCUAUUGUGACCAACACGAACUUAUAUCAUCACCUUUAUGACGUAAUUACUAAAGACUUACCACAUGACCGCCAGUUCAACCAAUCACGAAGCAGCGAGAAACGACGGAAUAAAGGAGGCAGGACAAAGGGAAGGAGACAAAGGGAAGGGAAGGAGACAAAGAGUAAAAUUCCCGAGGUCUUGAAAGGGAAUAAGUUUGCGCAUUUGUCUGUACUAAAUCCAGAUGAAGACUAUUAG